UCUUUCCAAGUGGUUUUAAUUUCAGGUGGUCAUUUAUCAUUUGUUUUGAUGAAUUAUGGAACAAUUGUGCCAACUCAACGAUAUGUACAGGCUGGUUAUGACACCAUCAGCUCUAGAUACCAUUUCUCAAUUACUGGAUCGCUACAGAGUAACAUCACAAGCUUAACAUACAGCAGUAAUGUCAAUGUGUCAGGCAGAUGGGCAUUCAGAACAGAUAAUGGACUACGGGGUUGUCAAUUUAAUGGGAUUCCAGUGCAACUUGGGGACUCUUUCUGGAGUGAUGCCACCUGUCAGCAGAGAUGCACCUGUACCAGCAGAGGCCUCCAGUGUAGCCAUGAGCCCUGCAGUUAUUCCCAAGCCUGCCGUCCAGCUGCCUUCCAAUUCUCUUGCCAGAACAUUCAACGGCAAACCUGUACCAUCUCUGGUGACCCUCACUACUAUACCUUUGAUUAUCAAGUUUUUCACUUCCAAGGGACCUGCACUUAUGUUCUGUCUGAGGCUUGUGGCAACGGUUUGCCAUACUAUCGCAUUGAGGGCAAAAAUGAGCAUCGGGGCAGCACACAUGUGUCAUGGACACGGAUGGUCAGAGUGUUUGUCUAUGACGAAGUAAUUGAACUGGUCAAAGAUCACUAUAAUGACGCAAGGGUUAAUGGAAGCUUUGCAGCAACCCCCUUUGCCCUCCGCAAUGGCUCCAUUCAGGUCUAUCAGUCAGGUUUUUCUUUGACCAUUAGCACAGACUUUGGUCUGGUUGUUACAUAUGAUGCAUACAGCUACGUCAGCAUCUCUGUACCUUAUGACUACCUUAACGCCACCUGCGGUCUGUGUGGAAACUUUAAUCUGCGCCCUGAAGAUGACUUCCGUUCACCCAGUGGGGAGAUCUUGAGCUCAGAUGUGGACUUUGCCAACAGUUGGAUAGUGCAAAGUGACAUAGAUCCUGAAUGCCAUAAUGUCAGGUGCACGGGUCUGGCUUGUGCUGUUUGUACCACUGAUGAAAUUAGUGUUUACAGUGACACCAACCACUGUGGAAUCUUAGGAGAUGUUGCCGGCCCAUUCGCCUCUUGCCACCCUGUGCAUGUGCCACAGACCUUUAUAGAGAACUGUGUCUAUGAUGUUUGCUUGGGAGGAGGGUACCAGCCCAUUCUGUGCCAGGCUCUCAAUGUGUAUGCUACUCAGUGUCAACAGCAGGGUGUACACCUUGGGCAGUGGAGACAGCAGGGCUUUUGUGAGAUUCAAUGCCCUCAACACAGUCAUUUUGAGCCUCAAGGAACAGGCUGCCCUGCAACGUGCAGUAAUCCAUCUGCCCCACUGAACUGUCCCUUGCCCAAUCAGGAGAGCUGUAUAUGUGAUCCUGGAUACAUUCUCAGUGCUGGAGAGUGUGUGCCUGAAGCAAACUGUGGCUGCACCUUCGAGGGCUUCUAUUACACUGAAGGACAGUCAGUGGUGUUGGACGGUGACUGUGGGAGACGGUGUGUAUGCAGCAGCAUGUCAAUGAUCUGUCAUCGUCAACAGUGUGGUCCAGCAGAGAUGUGUGGAGUCCAUGAUGGUGUGAGAGGCUGCAGACCCAUCGGUUAUGCUACCUGUUCGGUUGAAAACCUAGGGUCAUAUCAUACCUUUGAUGGACAAAGUUUCAGAUACCACGGAGCUUGCGGAUUGACCCUUGUUAGAGUGAUGGGGCCAUCCCCCCUACCACACUUUGUAUUGACAGUGGAGAAAGUACCCAGGGGCCUUCAUGACUUUGCCAGGUUCCUGAAGUUUGAGACAGAAGGAAUCCAGGUCGCCAUUGAAAUGGGAGAGGGCAGCAAUGUAAAGGUGGAUGGACAGAUGGUUGGUCUGCCUGUCACUGUUGGCUCUGGUCAAAUCCGCAUCUAUCACAGUAGUGUGAGGGGUUUUGUUUUGGAAACAAACUUUGGGGUGACCGUGAGAGCCGACUGGCCACACAUUGUCCGAGUCACAGCACCAAGCACAUACAACGGUACACUUGGGGGUCUGUGUGGGAACUUGAAUGGAGACAUUGCUGAUGAGUUUUACACUCCAGACGCUGUCCUUUUGAAUGACACGCAGCUGUUUGCGGACAGCUGGCGUGAUGGAUCCCUAUCAGCCCACUGUGAGGACCCACCUGACAUCUGGGAACCAGGACAUUAUCAGAACAGUAGCCAGUUCAAUGAACAAUGUGGUAUCAUGGCUAUGGACGAUGGACCAUUUGCUGAGUGCAGCAGAACACUAGAUCCUCAGCAGCGGAUAGCAGAUUGCAUUAAAUUGCUGGAGCAGACUCAAGGUUCCAGAAAGGCCCUAUGUGAGGCCCUGCGAGGUUACACGCUGCUUUGCCAACAGAAUGGCAUUGCAGUUGAAGAGUGGAGAAGUUUCAUCCACUGCGAAUCCACCUGUCCGGCAAAUACCCAUUAUGAAGUGUGUGGCACGUCCUGUCCUGCUUCCUGCCCCAGCCUCUCAUUUCCAUUUCAGUGUGCCUUGCAGUGUCAGGAAGGAUGCCAGUGUAAUGAUGGAAAUGUGUUAAAUGGAGAUCGCUGUGUGCCCCCCACGGGUUGUGGUUGCCACUACUCUGGGCGUUAUCGGCAGGCUGGAGAGAGGUUCUGGCAUGGUGAAGAGUGUCAGUUCUUGUGUGUUUGUGAUGGAAUCACUGGAAACGUUCAUUGCACACCAUCGUCUUGCAGCGAAGAAGAGGUCUGCCAUGUGUUGGAUGGCGAGUAUGGCUGCCAUCCUCAUCCACAUGCUCGUUGCUCUGCUUCGGGUGACCCCCACUACAUAUCAUUUGAUGGAUCCGUCUUUGACUUCCAGGGCACAUGCCGCUAUGUGCUAGCAACAGUAUGUAAUGACACUAUUGGGCUUCCGCAUUUCCAGGUGGAUGCAAGGAACGAGGCGUGGCAUGGACUCCGGGUGGCAAUUACUGUUGAAGUUUUUGUCAAUGCGUCUGGGCAUCUUGUGCACAUGUCACAGGACAUGAACGGUCAUUCUACCGUUGAGGUUGAUGGAGAGACCAGAAACCUUCCCAUACUGCUUGACUCUGGUCGGGUGUCAGUCUAUUCCAGUGCACAGUACACAUUUGUAUCAACUGACAUUGGUUUCAGCGUGAGUUAUGGCUCCUGGGCAGUGAACAUCAUUGUACCAGCAGAGUACAGUGGGGUUACGUGUGGCCUCUGUGGCAAUUUCAACGGCCAGAUGAACGAUGACUUCAUGAUGCCUUCUGGGGCUCUGGUACGCUCAGCAGACCAGUUUGGGGCAAGUUGGAAGGUUGAGGAUGAGCUGCCAUGCAAUGAUGGGUGUGGAAACAAUUGCCCUUUGUGUCAGGAUGAGACAACUUCCCGUUCCCUGUGCGACAUCAUCAGGUCCAGUGAGGGCCCAUUUAGCUUCUGCCAUGUGUAUGUAGAUCCUGAAGCCUACUUUAAUGACUGUGUGUUUGAUGUGUGCCUUUCUGGUAACCGGAAUGAUGUCCUAUGUCGCUCGAUCCAAACCUAUGUGAGUGCCUGUCAAUCUAACAAUGCUGUAAUCUACCCCUGGAGAGAGAGUACAUCCUGUGCCAUGACCUGCUCAGAGAACAGCCACUAUGAGUUGUGUGGCACAGACUGUGGUCACACUUGCGCCAGCAGCAUUGAUGCUAGUUGUGAGCACACAUGCUCAGAGGGAUGCUUCUGUGAUGAUGGAUUGGUGAGGAGUGGAGGACGCUGUGUACCAGUGGAGCAAUGUGGCUGCCUUCAUGAUGGAUUCUACUUUAAUGUUGGCGAGCAGUUCUGGGAUCUAGAAUGUUCUCAACUCUGUGAGUGUUUUGCUCCAAAUGAUAUGCGCUGCUCUGCUUCAUCUUGCCAACCGACUAUGGAGUGUACAGUCAGAGGUGGACGUCGGGGCUGCUAUGAAGAGAGCACCACACAUAUGACCACCACCAGGUCAAGUCUUCCCUCAGAACAGAGCACCACAUACAUAACCACCACCAGCUCAAGCAUUCCCCCAGCUGUGUUUUAUCCAUUUGGAGCUGGUGACACAGAGAAUGAUCGCUCUGAUGAUGGGAGUUCAUCUGUGAUCUACCUUCUGCAACAGUUCAUAUUUUUUGGACAAACAUAUAGCCGAAUAUAUGUCAACAACAAUGGACACCUGACUUUUGAUGGGCCAUUUAGCAGCUGGACUCCAUACCAGUUUCCAAGUUAUGGUGGAAGAGACAUCAUCGCUCCAUUCUGGACAGAUAUUGAUAAUCGUGGUAAUGGUGUAAUUUCGUAUCGUCAGUACACCUCUGGCAGUGUCCUUACAGAGGCCACACAGGACAUUAACCAAUACAUCCCUGACCUGAGCUUUUCUGCUACGUGGGUCUUUGUUGCAACAUGGGACAGAGUUGCAUAUUUCCCUCUAUUAGGAACAGAAACAUCUUUUCAAGUGGUUUUGAUUUCAGAUGGCCAUUUCUCAUUUGUUUUAAUUAAUUAUGGAACAAUUGCGCCAACUCAACGAUAUGUACAGGCUGGUUAUGACACCAUCAACUCCAGAUACCAUUUCUCAUUUCCUGGAUCAUUCUCCAGUAACAUCACAUACUUAACAUACAGCAGUAAUGUCAAUGUGUCAGGCAGAUGGGCAUUCAGAACAGAUCAUGGAUCACGGGGUUGUCAAUUUAAUGGUAUUCCAGUGCAACUUGGGGACUCUUUCUGGAGUGAUGCCACCUGUCAGCAGAGAUGCACCUGUACCAGCAGCGGCCUCCAGUGUAGCCAUGAGCCCUGCACUUAUUCCCAAGCCUGCCGUCCAGCUGCCUUCCAAUACUCUUGCCAGAACAUUCAACGGCAAACUUGUACCAUCUCCGGUGACCCUCACUACUAUACCUUUGAUUAUCAAGUUUUUCACUUCCAAGGGACCUGCACUUAUGUUCUGUCUGAGGCUUGUGGCAACGGUUUGCCAUACUAUCGCAUUGAAGGCAAAAAUGAGCAUCGGGGCAGCACACAUGUGUCAUGGACACGGAUGGUCAGAGUGUUUGUCUAUGACGAAGUAAUUGAACUGGUCAAAGAUCACUAUAAUGACGCAAGGGUUAAUGGAAGCUUUGCAGCAACCCCCUUUGCCCUCCGCAAUGGCUCCAUUCAGGUCUAUCAGUCAGGUUUUUCUUUGACCAUUAGCACAGACUUUGGUCUGGUUGUUACAUAUGAUGCAUACAGCUACGUCAGCAUCUCUGUACCUUAUGACUACCUUAACGCCACCUGCGGUCUGUGUGGAAACUUUAAUCUGCGGCCUGAAGAUGACUUCCGUUCACCCAGUGGGGAGAUCUUGAGCUCAGAUGUGGACUUUGCCAACAGUUGGAUAGUGCAAAGUGACAUAGAUCCUGAAUGCCAUAAUGUCAGGUGCACGGGUCUGGCUUGUGCUGUUUGUACCACUGAUGAAAUUAGUGUUUACAGUGACACCAACCACUGUGGAAUCUUAGGAGAUGUUGCCGGCCCAUUCGCCUCUUGCCACCCUGUGCAUGUGCCACAGACCUUUAUAGAGAACUGUGUCUAUGAUGUUUGCUUGGGAGGAGGGUACCAGCCCAUUCUGUGUCAGGCUCUCAAUGUGUAUGCUACUCAGUGUCAACAGCAGGGUGUACACCUUGGGCAGUGGAGACAGCAGGGCUUUUGUGAGAUUCAAUGCCCUCAACACAGUCAUUUUGAGCCUCAAGGAACAGGCUGCCCUGCAACGUGCAGUAAUCCAUCUGCCCCACUGAACUGUCCCUUGCCCAAUCAGGAGAGCUGUAUAUGUGAUCCUGGAUACAUUCUCAGUGCUGGAGAGUGUGUGCCUGAAGCAAACUGUGGCUGCACCUUCGAGGGCUUCUAUUACACUGAAGGACAGUCAGUGGUGUUGGACGGUGACUGUGGGAGACGGUGUGUAUGCAGCAGCAUGUCAAUGAUCUGUCAUCGUCAACAGUGUGGUCCAGCAGAGAUGUGUGGAGUCCAUGAUGGUGUGAGAGGCUGCAGACCCAUCGGUUAUGCUACCUGUUCGGUUGAAAACCUAGGGUCAUAUCAUACCUUUGAUGGACAAAGUUUCAGAUACCACGGAGCUUGCGGAUUGACCCUUGUUAGAGUGAUGGGGCCAUCCCCCCUACCACACUUUGUAUUGACAGUGGAGAAAGUACCCAGGGGCCUUCAUGACUUUGCCAGGUUCCUGAAGUUUGAGACAGAAGGAAUCCAGGUCGCCAUUGAAAUGGGAGAGGGCAGCAAUGUAAAGGUGGAUGGACAGAUGGUUGGUCUGCCUGUCACUGUUGGCUCUGGUCAAAUCCGCAUCUAUCACAGUAGUGUGAGGGGUUUUGUUUUGGAAACAAACUUUGGGGUGACCGUGAGAGCCGACUGGCCACACAUUGUCCGAGUCACAGCACCAAGCACAUACAACGGUACACUUGGGGGUCUGUGUGGGAACUUGAAUGGAGACAUUGCUGAUGAGUUUUACACUCCAGACGCUGUCCUUUUGAAUGACACGCAGCUGUUUGCGGACAGCUGGCGUGAUGGAUCCCUAUCAGCCCACUGUGAGGACCCACCUGACAUCUGGGAACCAGGACAUUAUCAGAACAGUAGCCAGUUCAAUGAACAAUGUGGUAUCAUGGCUAUGGACGAUGGACCAUUUGCUGAGUGCAGCAGAACACUAGAUCCUCAGCAGCGGAUAGCAGAUUGCAUUAAAUUGCUGGAGCAGACUCAAGGUUCCAGAAAGGCCCUAUGUGAGGCCCUGCGAGGUUACACGCUGCUUUGCCAACAGAAUGGCAUUGCAGUUGAAGAGUGGAGAAGUUUCAUCCACUGCGAAUCCACCUGUCCGGCAAAUACCCAUUAUGAAGUGUGUGGCACGUCCUGUCCUGCUUCCUGCCCCAGCCUCUCAUUUCCAUUUCAGUGUGCCUUGCAGUGUCAGGAAGGAUGCCAGUGUAAUGAUGGAAAUGUGUUAAAUGGAGAUCGCUGUGUGCCCCCCACGGGUUGUGGUUGCCACUACUCUGGGCGUUAUCGGCAGGCUGGAGAGAGGUUCUGGCAUGGUGAAGAGUGCCAGUUCUUGUGUGUUUGUGAUGGAAUCACUGGAAAUGUUCAUUGCACACCAUCGUCUUGCAGCGAAGAAGAGGUCUGCCAUGUGUUGGAUGGCGAGUAUGGCUGCCAUCCUCAUCCACAUGCUCGUUGCUCUGCUUCGGGUGACCCCCACUACAUGUCAUUUGAUGGAUCCGUCUUUGACUUCCAGGGCACAUGCCGCUAUGUGCUAGCAACAGUAUGUAAUGACACUAUUGGGCUUCCGCAUUUCCAGGUGGAUGCAAGGAACGAGGCUUGGCAUGGACUCCGGGUGGCAAUUACUGUUGAAGUUUUUGUCAACGUGUCUGGGCAUCUUGUGCACAUGUCACAGGACAUGAACGGCCAUUCUACCGUUGAGGUUGAUGGAGAGACCAGAAACCUUCCCAUACUGCUUGACUCUGGUCGGGUGUCAGUCUAUUCCAGUGCACAGUACACAUUUGUAUCAACUGACUUUGGUUUCAGCGUGAGUUAUGGCUCCUGGGCAGUGAACCUCAUUGUACCAGCAGAGUACAGUGGGGUUACGUGUGGCCUCUGUGGCAACUUCAACGGCCAGAUGAACGAUGACUUCAUGAUGCCUUCUGGGGCUCUGGUACGCUCAGCAGACCAGUUUGGGGCAAGUUGGAAGGUUGAGGAUGAGCUGCCAUGCAAUGAUGGGUGUGGAAACAAUUGCCCUUUGUGUCAGGAUGAGACAACUUCCCGUUCCCUGUGCGACAUCAUCAGGUCCAGUGAGGGCCCAUUUAGCUUCUGCCAUGUGUAUGUAGAUCCUGAAGCCUACUUUAAUGACUGUGUGUUUGAUGUGUGCCUUUCUGGUAACCGGAAUGAUGUCCUAUGUCGCUCGAUCCAAACCUAUGUGAGUGCCUGUCAAUCUAACAAUGCUGUAAUCUACCCCUGGAGAGAGAGUACAUCCUGUGCCAUGACCUGCUCAGAGAACAGCCACUAUGAGUUGUGUGGCACAGACUGUGGUCACACUUGCGCCAGCAGCAUUGAUGCUAGUUGUGAGCACACAUGCUCAGAGGGAUGCUUCUGUGAUGAUGGAUUGGUGAGGAGUGGAGGACGCUGUGUACCGGUGGAGCAAUGUGGCUGCCUUCAUGACGGAUUCUACUUUAAUGUGGGCGAGAAAUUCUGGGAUCUAGAAUGUUCUCAACUCUGUGAGUGUUUUGCUCCAAAUGAUAUGCGCUGCUCUGCUUCAUCUUGCCAAUCGACUAUGGAGUGUACAGUCAGAGGUGGACGUCGGGGCUGCUAUGAAGAGAGCACCACACACAUGACCACAUCCAGAUCUUCCACAUACCUUCCCUCCGAAGAGAGCACCACACACAUGACCACCACCGGAUCAAGCCUUCCCUCAGACCGCUGUUCUGAGCUCAGCUGCACUGAGGAUGAACGCUGUGAAGAGAAACAUGGUGUUUAUGGCUGUUUCUGCAAGGACAACCAUCACAGUUCUCAGCGUGGAUCCUUUGAUUUCUCUGAAACCUGUGAACGCAGCUCUGGCUCCAUGUCUCUGUCUCGCUGUCAGCUUUUUGAGGCUGGUUUUCCUUCUGACAUCUUACACCUCAAUGACCCCAAGUGCAGAGGAACAGUCCGGAAUGGCAGAGUGGAGUUCUAUUUUGACAACAAUGACCACAUCUGUGGGACAAGUCUUGUGGCCAAUGGCACCCACUUCAUCUAUGAGAACUUUAUUGUGGGAGAGCCAGACACAGUUGGACAUCUCAUCAGCAGGAAGAGAAUUCUGAAGCUUUCUUUCAGCUGUGUGUACUUACAAACCCAAACACUCUCCAUGGACAUCAACCCUCUGGAGAGCAUUGUGCACAGGAUCCUUCCUGCUGGUCAAGGGACAUAUCAGGUCAGGAUGAUUCCCUAUCAGGAUGCUGAAUUCACCCAUCCCUUCACUGGUAGUGUGAACGCGGAGCUGGACAGCCGUAUUUUUGUGGAAGUUCGUGUUGAUGGAGUUGACAGCCGUCAGUUUGCCUCAGUGAUUGACACAUGUUGGGCUACACCUGUGAAUGAUCCUCAUUACUCUGUCCGCUGGGACCUCAUCGUUGGCAUGUGUCCCAAUCCAGAUGACAAUACAGUGGACUUGCUGCAGAAUGGUGUUUCCACAUCCAGUCGUUUCUCCUUUGAGAUGUUUAUCUUCACUGCAAACUCCACAAAGGUUUACCUGCACUGCGCUAUUCACCUUUGCCUUCAGACAGACAAUCACUGCUCAGUGCACUGUGACUCUGAACACCACCAUAGAGAGGGCAGAUCUGUGGACUUCCAUGACAGUGCUUCCAUAUCUAUGGGUCCAUUGAUGUGGUCUGACAGUAACAAAGAUACACAGGUGCCACGCCAAGUGCAAGUGUCCAAGGCUCCAUGGCUGUGUGGUUCUCUGACUAUAUCACUUAUUUCUCUGAUGAGUGUCCUGAUAUUCUUCUAG